AUGGCUACGAACGAAUAUCAAUCUAAGAUAGUACAUAAUGAAAUGCAACUUGUUAAAGAAAAACGGGUGAAGUUACUGAUUUGGCUCAUUACAGGAAGUUUAAUCGUUAGCUAUAGUAUUUGGAAUGUUUGGCGAAUGGUGGAAGCUAUAAAGUCACCUGUCAUCAUCGGUUCAAGAAUUGCAGACCGAGCUGAAAUACCUGUACCUGGUGUCGUAAUUUGCGGCUUACCCUUAGAUAAGCCAAUUGAAUGCUUUGAAAGCGAAGUGAAUGCAAUUGAAGAUAAAUUUAAUGAGGCAAGUCGUA